ACCCGGGUAAAUUUCGCCGGACCUCCUUAACAAAUCGCAUUGUCGGAGGUGAGGAUGUAAGUAUUGAGGAUUAUGGGUGGCAAGUUUCUUUACAAAUAUAUGAUCCGCCACAACAUUUCUGCGGUGGAACGAUUUUAACUAAGGACUGGAUUUUAACUGCUGCACACUGUUGGCCAAAACAGAUUAAUCCUCGAUAUGUUACAAUCAGAGCUGGAAGUAGCGACGUAUAUAAUGGAGGAACACAAGAUGUUGAGGUCGUAUCUGAAACUCUUAAAGGAGUCACGGUGCCAAUAAUAGAUACGGCUACAUGCAAAAAAGAUUACGAAGGUCGUUAUACAGUAACUGAUAACAUGAUAUGCGCUGAGUACAAAGGAGAUGUGCCCAAGAUUCCUGCCAGGGGGACAGCGGCGGUCCAUUAG